GAAAAAGCUUUACUUGCAGCUGAGGAUGCCACAAGACCUUGUGGAGGUCCAUUGUGAAUGCCCACAGAAUGUGGGGUCAAAGGACCUAGCAUGGAACUGACUCAACCAAACGCUAGAGGGCCCAUAUCAAACGAAGCUGUUCAACAAUUUAGUCUGUUACUUUAAGUUCCAGCAGUCGGUCCAGUUUAUCUGCUCCAAGAAAGCAAAUCGUUACAAAAUUAUCACCCAACCUUGAAGCGGGACCUAAUAAUACAACUUGAUAUUACCGCGAGAAAGACGUGAGAAAUCAGGAGAGGUGAAGCUACAAUGAGGAGUGUCAUGUUGGUGCUGUUUCUCUUUUUACUUCAAAUAGCGUGGUUUGAAGGCUUCAACAUCAAGAAUGUCCGUCUAGAUAAAUGUAUCCGUGCAAACGAUGAGAACAAUAGAAUAUCUCUCACUGAAUGUAAUCCAGAUUCUGAACAGCAGCAAUGGAGAUGGGAUUCCCGCCUAAAUUCCAUAGUCAGCCUUAAAACUCAGCAAUGUCUAACUGUUCAUAAAACUAAUGAGUUUGGAGCUGUGAAACUGGAACCUUGUGCCAGUGGUCAACCUCAGGCAUGGAUGUGCAGCAAACGGGGUCACUUAACUCUUGAAGGCUUCAGUUUGCAUCUCAAUGUAAAGCACAAGACGAACAAAGUCCACGUCUCACAUGAUAAAGGCAAAUUAAGCAAGUGGCGAACCUUCAAAGAUAAAAUCAUCUGUACCAAGACGAAUCACAUUUGGCCACAUGAAGGACACUUCAGCCUAAAAUUGACAAUUCACAACAGAAAUCUGUUUACGACUUAGGACUGAAAAAUACAGUCCUUGCCAAGAACUUGGAUGGUGUGAAAUUGGAAAACUUACUAAAACUGUUGGCAAAAGUG